AAUAUUUUGCGUUGCAUGCAGUUGAUGGCAACUAUUUCGCUGCUCUUUGGCCUGCUGAAGAAGGAUGCGAUGCAUAAGGAAAAAUUUGUACUCUUUUGGCUUAUUGUGUCAAGUGUUCUCUUCAGUUUCCUCUGCUACUUCUGUCUAAUAUAUAUAGGUAGAGAACUAUUCGACUUUUACGACUUUAUUGGAUUUGUGGGGCAAUUCUUUUUGCUUUGCCUCAUUGUGGGCCUAACUGUUCUUAUGGGAUAUUUGCUGUAUUUCGUCUAUCAGCAAUAUGUGGAGAUGACGAAGGAAAUCGCAGAGGCAGCUGCAGCACAAGCUCAAGUACCAAAUCCAAUUGUUCAAACCAAGGAUCCGCUGCCUUCGUACGAUCAAUUAAAUGUAACCAUACAGAAUUAAUAUGAGCCAAAGUUGAUUUUCAACAAAAGGCGCAAUAAAGUUGAUAAGAAAUCGGCAGAUAGAAGAAGAGAGAGCGAGAGAGCGAGUGAGUGAGAGAGAGCUGUAGUGAAAGAGAGUAAACAAUCAAAUAAAGAUAAACACACUAUCAGCUUUA